GAGAGCAAUUACAGUAUCAGUUUUAAUAUAACCAUAAUAAUGUUUUCUUUUUAAUUAUUUAAAUAAACCGCAUUUUUAAUAAUUUGAUUCAAAUUAUAUUUUAAUAAUUGCACAAAUUAUAUUUCUUGUUCAACACUCUACGAUUUUAUAACAGUUCUAAGAUGAAUCUCGAGCUUUUGGAAUCCUUCGGCCAAAACUAUCCAGAAGAAUUCGACGGAUCUUUAGAUUGCAUUUCUUUGGCUGUUACUUGCUGUUUUAAUAAAAGAGGUACACUAUUAGCUGUCGGUUGUAAUGAUGGAAGAAUUGUAAUUUGGGACUUUCUUACAAGAGGUAUUGCUAAAGUUAUAAGUGCUCAUGUACAUCCGAUAUGUAGCUUGAGUUGGUCUAGAAGCGGCAGAAAAUUGCUAUCAGCCUCUACCGACAAUAAUGUUUGUGUUUGGGAUGUUUUAUCCGGUGAUUGUAUCCAGAAAUAUCGGUUUCCUUGUCCGAUAAUGAGAGUCCAGUUUCAUCCCAGAAAUGAAAAGCAAUAUCUUGUCUGUCCAAUGAGACAUGCAGCUUUAUUAGUCGAUGAUGAAGGUGAGCAUAAAAUUUUACCUGUAGAUGAUGAUGGUGACUUAAAUAUUGUAGCUUCUUUUGAUAGAAGAGGCCAGUAUGUUUAUACAGGAAACUCGAAAGGAAAGAUUAUAGUAAUGAGCUCAACAGAUUUUGCUUUUAAAGCUAGUUUCAGAAUUACUGUAGGUACUUCAAAUGCAACAGCUAUUCGUAGUAUAGAGUUUGCUAGAAGGGGUGAAUGCUUUUUAGUAAAUACUGCUGAUAGAGUGAUCCGAGUUUAUGAUGCCAAAGAAGUUCUUGCUUGCGGAAACGAUGGUGAACCAGAACCUAUACAAAAAUUGCAGGAUUUAGUAAAUAAAACCAUGUGGAAAAAAUGCACAUUUUCAGGAGACGGAGAAUAUAUUUGUGCAGGUUCUGCAAGACAACACGCUCUGUACGUCUGGGAAAAAUCAACAGGUAGUUUAGUUAAAAUCCUUCACGGCACUAAAGGUGAGAUGCUGCUUGAUGUUGUUUGGCAUCCCGUUCGACCGAUCAUUGCCAGUAUCAGUUCAGGAGUUGUAUCUGUGUGGGCUCAAAAUCAAGUCGAAAACUGGUCAGCAUUUGCUCCAGAUUUCAAAGAACUAGAUGAAAAUGUUGAAUAUGAAGAGCGAGAAUCUGAGUUUGAUGUGAAAGAUGAAGACAAAUCCGUAGACUUAUCUGGAGAAGAUAAACAAGACGAAGACUUUGAAGUAGACGUCACCAAAGUUGAUGUAGUUGCCGCUUUCUGCAGCACUGAUGAAGGUAGCGAUGAUGAUUCUUUACAAUUUUUGCCAAUAGCACCAGAGGUGGAAGAUCCUGAAGAAUGGGAAACAGCUACAAGUCCUCAAGCCGCACAGGCAUCUGGACAGCCACCGGAGAAGAAAAGAAACUGCAAAUCUUUUGAUAUCGAAUUGAAAGGAGUGGUAGGAGACGAGCAACACCCAUUGUUAAGCAAUAAGACCAAUAAAGAUAAACAAACUGCUGCAGGUGGUAAGAAAGGGGUUGGUAGACCGAGGAAGUAAUUAAUAGUUUUAACUUAGAUUUUAAAAAUAUUAGAUAU